AUGUGGUUGGCUGUGAGAAAGUUCGCCUCGAUCUUGCUGAUCGGCUCAAAUGCUACUGAAGUACUUGCGGAGAAAUUGAUCCUCGCACAUGCAUACCGUGCGGAGGGAAAUCUUGAGGAGGCUGAAAAGCUUCAGGUUCAGAUGGUGGAAUCAUGCAUGAACGGCCCUGGCGAAACCCUCCACGACACGCUCAUGAGCAUGUCUGAGCUUGCCGCAACAUACAUCCUCCAGGGACAUUUCAUGGAGGCCGAAAAAGUCGAUUUGAAUGUCUUCAAUACCCGCAGGAUGGUAUUUUCGAAGGAUCAUGUUGAUAUGCUCAGAGGCAAGGAGAAUCUAGAGGUCACGAAGAGACGACUCGGUCGGUGGACAGAAGCUGAGAAGCUUCAUGUACAAGGAAGCAGAGCCCGCUCAGCGAAAUUCGGGGAGAGCCAUCCUGAUACCCUUGCAAGUCGUGAAAAUUUGGCGUCGGUAUAUCAUUAUCAAGGCCACUGGCUGAAAGCAAAGAAGGUAUACGAGUUCUUGAUCCAGGUACGCAGGAUUCAGCUCGGCGAAGAUCAUCCCAAUACUCUAAGAAACAUCGACCAGCUUGCCGCUGUAUACUGUUCUCAAGGUAGAUGGAGAGAAGAGCAUUCCGAGACAGUCUCCAGCAUCAACCGCCUGGCCGGGAAUCGCACAUUUUCUGUGAAGACUCACCAAGUUUUGAGCUCUUAA